UGGAGUCCCCGCGGGUUGCGGUUCGGUGUGUGAUGGGGGGGGCGCAGAGGCUCACCGCGCACGCGCACUGGAUUAGGUCCCGCUGCCUUGAAUGCGCACGCGCAGAGGUCGGCAAAAUGGCGGCGCCCGUGGACCUGGAGCUGAAGAAGGCUUUUACUGAACUGCAGGCCAAGGUUAUCGACACACAGCAAAAGGUGAAGCUGGCAGAUAUACAAAUUGAACAACUAAACAGGACGAAAAAGCAUGCACACCUCACUGAUACGGAGAUUAUGACUUUGGUGGAUGAGACACGCAUGUAUGAAGGUGUAGGGAGAAUGUUUAUCCUUCAGUCCAAGGGAGUAAUUCACAACCAACUCUUAGAAAAACAGAAAAUAGCAGAAGAGAAAAUUAAAGAACUUGAGCAGAGGAAGUCGUACCUGGAGCGAAGUGUAAAGGACGCUGAAGAUAACAUCCGAGAAAUGUUGAUGGCCCGAAGAGCACAGUAGGGGCGUGGCUCCCAUAUGCCUCAGCCGAGUCGCUCCAUUUCACUGGUGCCCACACCGACUAGCUAGAACCAGGAUGUUUUCUAGACGUGAUGACCUUCCGCUCUGUUUGCUGCCACCUGCUGGUGGGAGGAGUUGUGUUUGAAUGUGUUGGAUGUUGUGUCUCACCCUUUCUGUAUUUGGAUGUUGUAAUAAACUCUUCUUGAAAAGA